AUGGCAGAGGACAUGGAUCCAGUUGAACGAUGGCUGCGGACAUUGCGACUCGCCGGCGAUCCCUUGAGCUGUGCCACGCAAGAAGAGGCCAACCGACGUCACCGCCGCAUCGCAGCACGUCUAGAUAAGACACAGCGCGAGCUGCGCAAGUCAAGGCGCAUGGGUGCAGGUGCUGGGGUGGACGACGAUGCGGAAGCCCAAAGCGUCACGACAGAUGUCUUGUCAGCCCUUCCCGGGGAUGAACAGGAUGGCCUCAGUAGCAUUUCUGACCAGACAUCAAGUAUUGUGGCAGCCUGCCAGAAUCAGCCGUUGACUCGUCUCGACGUCUUUGCCAUGCUCCGUCAUCUCUGUCUUGCGGAGACGGGACUCAACGCCGUGCCUUCGUCCGUGGCCGAGCUCGUUGCACUUGAACAGCUAGAUCUGACAGGCAACCGCAUCACAACCGUGGCUGGUGAUCAACUUCCAUCCAAUCUGCAAAUCCUGCACCUGGGUGCCAACAAGAUUGACAGUGUCGCCGGCUUGGCACACAACGGCCCCCCGAACCUGCGACACCUAGGUCUUGCCGCCAACCCGCAUCUGCGUCGCCUGCCACCGCUGGACGCCGAUCCGAAUCAGGAGGACGAUAUGGCUCCUUCGCGCCACUUUCUUCUGGUGACACGUGUGCCGGAGGACUGGACGCGUCUGGCCGAUCCGGGCACGCCUGCUCCGCCAUCGGGUCGGCCUGACCGUCCCAACGACAAACGAGAUAAAAGCAAGGCAAAGCCCGCCUCUGCCGUGGCGCUGCGCGUCGCGGAGGCGCGGCAGUCUGCGCUUGACGAGGCCCUGGGCCAGUGGAACGUUGGUAUCUUUGGACAAGGCAAGCCAUUGCAUUCUGGCUUGCAAACCUGGGCAUCUCUCAGCGCAGCAGACCCGGUGGUGCAACACACCCUCGUACCAUCAUCCCUCAAAAGCCUGCAGACUUGGCUGCAAGACGGUGCAGCCGUGUGGAUUCUGCAAGCCACCGUCACUUAUUCAGCUGCCGAGGAUGAAAGCCAAACGGUACAAGCGGUACGAGGUUGA